AUGCUGCCAGCGCAGCAGCUAGCGCCCAUCAGCCCCUGGCCGCCUGAUGCCAACCUCCUGGACAGGAUGGACGACUUGGCACACAAAGGUCACAGCGGUGUUAACCAGCUCGGCGGGGUGUUUGUAGGAGGCAGGCCGCUGCCGGACUCCACGCGGCAGAAGAUCGUGGAGCUGGCGCACUCUGGGGCACGGCCCUGCGACAUCAGCCGGAUCCUGCAGGUCUCCAACGGAUGCGUCUCCAAGAUACUCGGCAGAUACUACGAGACCGGUUCCAUCAGGCCUCGAGCGAUCGGUGGUUCGAAGCCGAGGGUAGCCACCGCGGAGGUGGUCAGCAAAAUAGCACAGUACAAGCGCGAGUGCCCCUCAAUCUUCGCGUGGGAGAUCAGAGACCGUCUCCUGAGCGAAGGAGUCUGCACAUCGGAUAAUAUUCCUAGUGUAAGUACUCAUUACCUGUAG